CGCACUUCAUCAAGAUGAAUUCAUCCCCUCGAAAAGUUGCGAUAAACAAAGGCUACGACGGUGACGAUCCAACUAUGCAGAAACCAGUGCAUCUAAAAGAAAUCAGAAAUAACUCAAAAGAGGACGACGGCCAAGUUGGAGCGGAAGUUGAUUCACCGAACACAAUUUACGAAACGUUGGAAGGUGGAUCGAACGGGGUGAAGCGACCAAACUGGCGAUAUAUGGGCCUGGUUAUCAUCGCGUGUUUGAUUUCAGUUGUUGCCCUUUUUCUAAGUUUGCUGAUGGUGUCCGAGAAAGGCAGCAGAAAGUGUGACUGCUCCAGAAAUGAAGAUUAGGGCUUUGGAGGACAACACAAAAAACCUGACAACUGAAGCUGACAAGAUCAGGAUUUUGGAGGAAAACAUAACUAUUCUUCAGCGGAAACUUGCGGAGAAAAGCAUGGAGAUAAAUAGUAACCGUUUGUCCCUAGGAGACGUCAUUGGUGUUUGUGCAAAGAUUCUCAACUCUUCCAACUCCUGUAAGAACGGUGGGACUUGCUAUCCAGAAAACGAGAGGUGCAGAUGCAAAUGUGUGUGCCCCCCAGGUUUUGUUGGAAAAGAAUGCGAGAAAGCUGCUGAAAGCUGCAUGGAGAUAAUAAACGACAGAAGAGACAAAAACAUCGGCCCAAUUAGUAGCCGAGCUUACCCCCUACACCUUGGAUCAGAUACACUCCCUGUUUACUGUCACAUGACGAGUCUUGGUGCGUGUAGAGACGGUGGUUAG